UCUAUUUGUUUGUUUUAUUGAAAACACACGACAACCACAUAUUCAACAAAACCCGCCACCACUCCCUCUCCCACCACCUCCUGCCACCACGAUCAUCCCCUUUGCACCUUUAAUUUCAGACAAACCAAUAACCAUACUUCGUUAUAAUAAGCUUUCUCUUUGGAGUUUUAAAUAACUUUAAUCUUUUGAAACAUUAAAAAAAAGAGAAAAAGUUAUGGAAUGUACAUGGAGAACAAAAACAAGAUUGAAACUUAAGUAGCAAUAAUAAUAAUAAUCAUCCAUGAAACCAAUCACAACUUCUAUUUCAAAUUCAUUUUUGGUAUUUCCUUAUUCUUUUUCAUCUUCCAAGAUUAUUAUUGUUGCCCAAAAGAACAAAAAUCAUAAUAAUAAUAAUAAUAAUAAUAAUAAUUCCCAAUCCCCUUCUAAGGGUUCUGAGCCACCUCCGGCUAGGAUUACAUCAAAUGUAAAGCAGAAUUUGCAGUUCUUGAAGUUGUGGAAGGAGUAUCAAAAGAGGAAAUCUGGCACACCCAGGCCUGCUACUAGUUACCGUAGGAAGAAGGUGGAGAAAGAUGACCUUCCGGAUGAUGAUACCAACCUAUAUCGUGACCCUACUUUGACCCUCUAUUAUACAAAUCAGGGAAUAGACACUGCAGUCCCUGUGUUGCUUGUUGAUGGUUAUAAUGUUUGCGGCUAUUGGCCGAAGCUCAAAAAGCAUUUCAUGGGUGGAAGACUUGACCUUGCUCGCCAAAAGCUUGUUGACGAGCUCAUAACCUUUGGCAUGUUAAGAGAGGUGAAAGUGGUAGUUGUUUUUGAUGCUAUGAUGUCUGGGCUUCCAAUGCACAAAGAAACUUUUGCUGGCGUUGACAUAGUUUAUUCAACUGAAACCUGUGCUGAUGCAUGGAUAGAGAAAGAGGUUGCAGCCUUGAGGGAUGAUGGAUGCCCAAGGGUAUGGGUUGUGACAUCUGAUCGUUGUCAGCAAGACGCAGCACAUGGAGCAGGAGCUUUUGUUUGGAGUUCAAAGGCAUUGGUCUCAGAGAUCAAGACUUCACAAAAGGAGGUCGAGAGAAUGCUUCAAGAACACAAGUCAACUUCAGUACAGGGUAAACUGUUGAAGCACAAUCUUGAUACCGAGGUAGUAAAUGCUCUCAAGGAUCUCAGAAACAAGCUCUCAGAAACUGAGUCACCUGGCUGAUUCAGUGUGUAAGAGUGCCCGGAAGUAUUUGUACCUGUUCUACAAACCUUCACUAUAGGUGAUAGUUUCAACCCAAAUGCAAAAAGAGUUGAAUUUUACCAGGAAAGCAUAUUAAACGGUUCUUUUUUUAUUUUUAUUUUUGAUUAAAGGACUUAGUUUCGGGACUACUUUUAACUGAAAUUGAGGAAUAUGUAUUGAUAUCCUGACAUAAGAUGAGGUGAAAUGGUGUUUAUAGAAACCAGAUGAAGUUAGAGUAUAAUGAAUUGUUUGAUUAUUCUGCAUUAUAUAAACAAUGUAACUUUAAAGAGUUGAAGAGUUCGUAACUUAAUUAAGUUUUUAGUUUAUGUA